ACCGUUGCGCGAUGACGCAGUCACGGAGGACGUCGGGAACAGCGGGCGCUGUUGGUGGAGGUCAGAGGAGGAAACAUCCAAAAUGUCGGCUGCUGGUUUCACGUCCUUGAGCCGCUGUGGAGUUCUGGCUCUGCGCUGCCCCGCGGGCCUGGUGGCGGUGCGGUACGCCCAGACAGCGGCGGCUCCAGCAGCACAGCCCAGAGUAAAGAAGUUUCAGGUGUACAGAUGGGACCCAGACACUCCAGGAGACAAACCCCGUAUGCAGACCUACGACAUCGACCUCAACACAUGUGGCCCAAUGGUUCUCGAUGCCCUGAUCAAGAUCAAGAAUGAGAUGGACCCCACCCUGACUUUCCGCCGCUCCUGCAGAGAAGGUAUUUGCGGAUCCUGUGCGAUGAACAUUAAUGGGGGAAACACACUCGCCUGUCUCAACAAGAUUGACACCAACAUUAGCAAACCAACUAAGAUUUACCCUCUGCCACAUAUGUAUGUGGUGAAAGACCUGGUGCCUGACAUGAGUAACUUCUACGCGCAGUACAAGUCCAUUGAACCCUACCUGAAGAAGAAGGACGAGUCAAACGAAGGGAAGGAGCAGUACCUGCAGUCUGUGCAGGACAGACAGAAACUGGACGGGCUGUAUGAAUGUAUCCUGUGCGCCUGCUGCAGUACGAGUUGUCCCAGCUACUGGUGGAACGGGGAUAAAUACCUCGGGCCUGCGGUGCUGAUGCAAGCGUAUCGUUGGAUGAUUGACUCACGGGACGAGUUCACAGAGGAGCGUCUGUCCAAGCUGCAGGAUCCGUUCUCCCUCUACCGCUGCCACACUAUCAUGAACUGCACAAAGACCUGCCCCAAGGGCCUGAAUCCAGGUAAAGCAAUAGCUGAGAUCAAGAAGAUGAUGGCCACGUACAAAGACAAGAAGACUGCUGCGCUCUGAAACCUCAGCUGUCCUCUUGUACAACUUUUCCCUCCAUGAUUAAAUGAUAUAUUGAUUAAAAUAUUGCUUAUCGAGGUCUGAAGGGCCAGUACACCUGUCAGCUCCACCACCACCACCACACUGCAGACUGUACAGUCAGCUAUUAUUUAAAUGGGAGUGUGUGUGUGGUUGGACGACUUGGUGUUACACAAACGCACAUGUACAGUAUGAAUGCAGGAAAGAGUGUGUGUCUACAUGUACCAUAACAGAGGUAUUUAUCUCCAGCUCGUCUGUGUGUAUGUUUGUGCACAUGAUGCUUCGUGUUCAAGUUUAAAAAAAGGCGUUAUCUUGUGUAAACAUUUUUAUAGCUUGUUGCUUUUCAAGUCAGCAGCUGCUUUCACACACAUGCAGGUAUACAUGUUCCCUCUAAUUCUCCCACAUACCAACUGCAGUCUCUGUUUUGAUGGAAAAUAAAUAGUUGAAACACA